AAGUGUCUAAAAUGAAACUAUCCGAUCAAAAAGUGCCAACUAGUAGUGCAAGACUUUCAGAAUCUUCUAGAAGGGAGUUAGAAGCCGCUGUGAAGCGAGCUCGAUUAAAUAAGAAUCAAAGCCAAUAUUGGAAUGACAAAGUAUUGCAAGCCGAAGAUAGAGAUCCAAACAGGUGGAAACAUUCUGGUUAUAAACAACUAUACUACAGAAGUCGGUCUAAGUCUCAUAAUAAACGCACAACCCGUAGUUCGUCCAGUUCAUCGUCCAGUUCAUCAUCCAGUUCAUCGUCCAGUUCACCGUCAAGAUCACCAAAGCGUAGAUCACCGCCUCACAAAAAGCCAAAGAAGGAAAUACUUUCACAUUCGCCUUAUGAUAAGCGCACUUUAUCCGAAAAACUACUGUCAGGAUGUCGUUCUCCGGACGCUCCUAGGAAGUCUUCGAGGGAAAAAUCUCGAGGAAGACGUGACACUUCUAAAGAGGAACGGUCUGGAUCGAGCAAGAAAAGGCAAAAGGCUCAGAUUUCGCCAAAAUGCAAACAAUCCAAAUGCUGUAUAUUAAUGCGUAAUCGACAGCCUUCUGAAACAGUCAGCUCGUCGAGUUCAAAAAAGCCCUGUAAUUCACAGUGUUCAACACGUGUUGUCGGGGCUGUAUCGACUGAUAGACCUCCGGUUACAUCGAUUAAGAAAGAAAAAAGAAGUCGCUACGAUGGCUAUGGAUAUAAUAUUUCCGGAAAGGAGAUUGAUUCGGGGGCAUGUUAUGCUAACAUGAAAUGCUCGAGCGAUAUUAAAGUGGAACCUCCACGAACUUCUAAAAAGAUAUCGGAUGAAUUCCCCGUUUAUGUUCGACCGCUCCAUGACCGAUCUAGGUCACGGUCGUUUUCCGUGCCGAGAUACAAUCCAUUAGAUUCGGAGGCGGGUUCGUCAAACCAAAAAUCUGGAAGACCAGCUGUGAGACCGGCGGUGCAUGUAAAAACCGAGCCAACUGAAGACAAGAAAAAGCCCACCACAAUCAUUCCUGAUUCGGAUUUGUCAUCAUCUGAUGAACAACUGACACUUUCAGAACGUUUCGGCAGACUAGCCAAAUUGGGUGGUACCCAUAAAUUACCCGAAGGAAAUCUUCGAAUAUCAUUGGAGGGUCGUGGCAGCAGAGCUGUAAUAAGCGCAGUUGACUGUCCGUUUACUAACUUUGGGAUAAAAUCUCCGCCCAGACAAACGUCCAUCGAAGGCGCCAAAGAACGCUUUCUCGAUUACAAAGUGCAAGGAUAUUUAAAAGAUAUUUCGUUGAACGAGUACAUCAAGUGGGAGGAAUAUUGGUUUGAAUAUCAAGAUUGGCUGGCAGCAGAUAGUGCGUAUGCUCAGUAUUUGGAAAAUUACUACGGUAGAAAUAGAAAUCGGAGGUAUUGA